AGCUCGUCAUGUGACAGUCCCAUGAUCCAAUGCGGAAGUUAGGAUUUCAGCAGCGACAACACAGACACGUUACCUAUUAACCUCCUCAGUUUUUAUCUUUAUCUCGUCUCAUAUAAGCCCAGCAAUGGACGGCUCUGCAAAAGCAUCUUUAGACUCCAACGCAGGACCGCCAGCUUAUUACAGAGGGAAUGAGAGCUCCCUGGUUUCAGCCCUCAAGACACUGCUGUUCUUCACCAUCCUGAUGGUCACCCUGCCAAUCGGACUUUACUUCGCAACGAAGGCCUACGUAUUUGAGGGUUCAAUGAAGAUGUCGAGCUCUGACAGCUACUUCUAUGCAGCCAUCGUUGCAGUGUUGGCUGUGCACGUGGUUUUGGCCUUGUUUGUGUAUGUGGCCUGGAACGAAGGCACGCCUAAAGGGAAGGGCAAACACGACUAAGGCUCGUCCUCGUCAGCUCGUGAGACCUGAGAUGGACAGACAGACAUGGGCACAGAUCCACAGCCCCCUCACCACCCUCCACCUUGGGCUCCAGCAGCAAAAAUCGCUACCAUCUACCAACCAGACAGCUAGGAGACCUGAUAUGUGCUUAAGCUUUAACCCAGGGUUAAAGCAAGAUGUACUUUGUUAUUCCCUGGAAUGGGGGAGUGGAGGAUGCUGUGUUUGAUUUUUCACCAGCAUCCGCAGACCUGGUUUUGUCCUCUGAAAAUAUUACCGUUGCAAACAGAGGAUGGCCCCUAUUUUUAAGAGGCUUUGUUAUAAGAUGGCGUUAGACCCAGUGCUUUAAGUCCUUUUGUCAUAAAGAGUUUGAAAUGAGGGAAAACAUCUUGAGUUUAGGAUGAUGUGUGCGUGUAAACACACUGUAUGUGCUGUGAUGUGUAUUUAUGAAUGAUUUGAUUCCAAAAUGCUCAACACCCACUCUGUGAAGGUUAGUCUAUUCUGUCCUUAGAUUUCAGUUCUCAAAUAGUCCGUCAUCUGCUCAACCUGUAGCUCUAUUUUGGAUUCAAAUCUUGUCCUUUAAAAUAAUCUGAUCCUCAGUUUGUCCUCGUAAACUUUUGUUUUAUGUUUCUGUUUAAUGUGUUUUGUGAACUGAACCUGAGUGUUGUUUUGGAACUUGAAUUAGGAACUUAUCACAAAAGUAAAUAGUGUUUAAAAGAAUGUUUUGUAAAACAGAUGCUUGAGGAUGUAGGAUGAGUUGAUUUGAGGAUGUAGAUGUGUUGUGAAGUCAGUGUGUUGCAGAGAAGAAUGAUGACCUGUUAAAGUUGCAAAAUAAAGUUGCAAUAUUGUAACUUUCAA